AUGAAACCAGCUCAGCUUUUAACACUCGCUGGAUUGUUCUUACCAGGCAGCCUUGCUUGUCUUGAGCAUCUGACGCAAGAGCGGGCAUUAAAUCCCAGCGACAUGGUUCGAAGACAAGAGCAUGCACCACGAACAAAGACUGCCAUCACAAAUGUUCGUGUAUUCGAUGGUGUCAAACUCACUGCUCCCCAAACGGUCAUCAUCGAUGGCGAGAAUAUCAGCAACGACACAAGCAAUAUCGAAACCACAGUUGAUGGCAAUGGGGGCGUUUUGAUCCCUGGUUUGAUUGACAGCCAUGUCCAUAUAACCAGCAUUGCCGGGCUCGAGAUAUUGGCUUCUUACGGAGUCACCACCGCCAUCAACAUGGCAUGUCGAAAUUACACUCAAUGCGCCCCUCUCCGCAAUGUAGAGGGCGUGGCAUCGUUCAUCUCAGCCGGUAUACCAGCUACUGGACCUGGCAGCCAGCACUCCAAGACCUUUAAUCUCACUGCACCGUAUCUCAUUUAUCCCAACCAAAAUGCCACAGAGGUCGUCUCUUACACCUUUGGCAAUAACUCCGAUUUUUAUAAGAUCACUGCCGAGAUCAAUGGCCCCAGUCAAAGCAUGCAAAAUGCUCUUGUUGAUGCUGUUCACAACUUUGGUAAACUGUCCAUGACUCAUGCUUCUGAUCUCAAUGCCUGGGCACAAGCUGCCAUCUCGGGCACAAACGGCAUUCAGCAUAUCCCUACAAAUGGCCGUAUUAACGCUUCCAAUAUCCUGACCGCUCGGAAGUCUCCCACCACUUGGAGCACUCCGACAAUGAAUAUUGCUCGAUACGCCUUCUCCAACGUCGACUUAUUGACCUUUACAGGCCACAAGGUUGGUGGGCCAGAUAGCUAUCAGAACGUUUACGACAAUGUCAAAGCCGUUCAUGCUGCCGGCAUACCCAUCUUGGCGGGCACAGAUUCUGUCGGAACAAUCACCGCCAACAUCUCUAUACCGUGGGGAUUGACUCUGCACUUUGAACUGGAAAAUCUGGUCGAAGCCGGAUUGACUACGUUAGAAGCUCUCCGAGCUGCAACCAUACUCCCUGCUCAGCAUCACCAGUUGACGGACCGCGGCCAGAUUGCACCUGGUAAGCGGGCAGAUUUGGUGUUGCUCAACAGCAACCCGCUGGACAAUAUUUCCAACACUAGGGAUAUUGCGAGGGUUUGGGUUGGAGGAAUCGAGUACAAGGAAAUUGCCAACAGUACCGGGCAGUCGAAUCCCCCAGCCAACUUUACUAGCAGCGACGGCUCAUCUAAUGACCCUGGCUCUGGCUCUGAUUCAGGCUCAGGCUCUGGGUCACGCAGCAGUGCAACUACAUCUGCUGCGUUUAGUUGGCUUUCUUUUGGGAGCUUGCAAAUUGGGGCGAUGCUUUAUUUCUUUAUGUAA